GGCUUGACAAUGCACAUGUAGUGCGACGCGGGGCUGUACUCGGCGCGGUGGCCCGUAACCUUGGCGUGUACCCGGCGACCUAAACAGCCGCUGCGAAACCUGCACGCCAUCUCCAUGUACUGUUGCGUCGUGUAUUAGUACGAUCUCGCCAGUGCUUCUCGAGGCGCACCGCUACUGCUGACAGGGUCGUGAGUGCGCGGCCCUCUCUGUGGGCGUGCCUGUGCGUGCAUGUGUGUGUGCGCGCCUGGGACCUCGGGAUCUCCUCAGAUCUCGUCUCCAGUCAGGUUGGAGGCGUAACUCGGCACGGUCACUCGGCCAGCGACGGAGCGUUUCGACAACAGCAGAGGGAGUGACGCGGCGAUUCAAAUAUUUACGUUGUGAUGUGGUUCAGUCUCACCUAAGACCUUCGUCCUGUGUGAUCUCGCGGCGAGUUCCUCCCCCGGAAAGUGAAACAUGUGCGCAUUUAGUGUUGGAAAACUGAAGUGAUGUGAGUGUGAUGUAAGACCUUGGACUGUAGAUGUAGUUUCCAUCCCCUUCUCCCCCCUUACCUGACCUACUCUAACCUUCCCAUCCGUGUCCCCCCUCCACCCGAAGGGUUGCCUCGGGGCGGCUCCCUAUGCUGGGGUACCUUUGUGUCUCUCCGCCCGUCCUGAGCUCUCCCACGCCCACCAGCGCCCGCGCCCACCACCGCUAGGAUGAGAGGAUGGAGCGAGACAGGCGAGGCUACCGUCUGUCUGUGGGUGGCUGCCUGCUCACCCUGGUGGCGUUCGUACUCGCCAUCACAGCCACCAUCUCCAACAACUGGGCCACGUUCACCGUCUAUCCCCUGGGAACAGGUUCCUACACCGGCCACUUCGGACCGUGGAAAGUGUGCCUGAAUGACCCGUACCCCAUCUGCAGGACCCACUCUUCCAUUCUCCAGACGACGUGGGCGUCGCAAGUGGCCGGCGCGGGAUCGGCGGCCUGCACGUGCCUCCUCGGGUUAGCGCUGUUCAUGUGCCCGCUGCUCGUCGCCAUGCACGUGACGGCGACCAAGACGCUGGUCAAGUUCAGACACGCCACGCUCAUCAAGAUGGUCUGCACGGCUACGUCAGUGCUGUGUGCCGUGGCGAGCGUCCUCUUCUUCCUGCUGGAGGUGUUCGUGUUCCGGGUGGGGCAUCAGGCCGGCCUCUACGUGACCCUCAACUGGGCCUUCUAUCUGCAGUUGCUGGCGCUGCUGGUCGGAAUGGUCGCCGGCGCCGGGGCGGGUGUCGAGUUCGGGUGGGCGCGGAAGCUGGGCGGGGACCCCACGGUGUACAGACGCGACCCCGAGGGCAUCGCCGCCACCACCAUCUCCAACCCGUACGUCGUGGAGCCUCGCAACGGCCACGCUCAGGGCAACAGCCACGGCCGCCAAGGAAGAACCAGGAGCUCCGGCAGAGGCGGCGGCGCCCUCCACCAAAACUCGAACGGGGUCAAAAUGACGGGGCUGAGCGGCCAGCCCUACAUGGUCACCGGCAACGGGACCAACGGCCACAUCAGCCACAGGAACGGCGUGGUGGCCUUCGACCCAAACAGGGCGCCCGGAAGGUCCUCGCUUAGAAGACCGAAGCCCCAGCCCUCCGAGGACACCACGGACUCGUCCAUGGGCAUCGAGAACCUGGCCUUCAAGCAGUCGAGUCCCACGCCCAAGAAGAAGGUCCGGAUCCACACCCAGUCCACGCCCGUGUGAAGGGCCGUCGCCAGCCGCCACUGCCAUUCCCCACGAUGAGCUGCUGGGCCGACGAGUGCUGCGAGUUGCAAAGUGUACAUAAACUAUUUUAAAAGUAACGUGUCUGAACGAGAACAAGAAACACCUGGAGAACAGUGUGAUGACAUCAGGUGGGUUGUACUUUCUCGACGUGAAAUUACUUAAACUUUAGGUUGUAAACACCUAUACAAGUUCUCGUAGACCCAGCUUACUGGAAAAUAGGAUAAACAAAGAAGAUUAUUUUUAUAAUGUUAGCAUACGGAGAUGUGACGCCAUUAUAUUAAGUGGUCUAAUAUCUAAUUGCUUCGCGUACACCUGUCGCUCAAUUACAAAACAAGAAAAAGAAACAAAAUCGUGACUGCCAGCAGCGUGUCCUCUGUCAUGUAUAGUUGUCAUUUCUUAAUGGCAACAAUGGCAACGGAAAUACAAAUUGCCCAGUGCUAAUUGUCUGUCUGAGUGAUGUGAUCUGAAAGAUAUCCUCUUGCGUAGUGCUAAUUUCAAAACACAAUGCCCAGUGUGGUCGUUAAGCGAUUCCCUCUCCCAGUGCAGUUUGGAGCGAGCGACGAAAGUGAGAUGAGUCUUUGUGGAAGGAAUAGGGAAAUUUAUGAUGGAUAACGAACACUAGUUCUGAGAAGGGGGAAUUCUAUCUUUUUGGUUGAGUCCAAUCAAAAAGAUCAUAAUGAAUUAAACGUGUUUGCACGUUUAAUAGUUAAAUACGGGCAAAUUCAUUCGCGCACACACACACGCACACACACACACACACACACACACACACACACACACACACACACACACACACACACACACACACACACACACACACACACACACACACACACACACACACA